CACAGUGUUGGUUACUACCUGGGUUACCAGAAGACUGAGCUCAUUGGCACAUCCUGGUAUAAUCUCCUGCAUCCUCAUGAUCUCUCCCAUGCCUCUGCUCAGCACUACCGCUUUUUGAGUGGAGGAAAUGAAGCUAGAGUGGAGAUGAUUGUCAGGCUUCAGUCUAAGGAUGGCCAGUGGAUCUGGGUCUACAUUGUGGUUCAAGUGGAAUGUGCUGAGGUGCCAGUUCUUUGCUGUAACUACACUGUCAGUGAAUCGGAAGCGUGGUGCCUUCGCCAGCAGCUCACUGAUGAGCAAGAGGAAAGCCUCCUGUUUCCAUGCUCUGUAUCAGCCCAUUUAUCUCACCAAGAGACCACUCAGUCUCCCAACUACAUGUCCAGCCCGGACACUGUCUUUACUCCAAUGGCCAGCACUCCAACUUCUGGGGUCUCUGCCCAGUCCUUCGACUUCAGUGGGAUCUGUGGCCUGGACUUUGCCGAGGUGCCCGGGCAGGCAGGAGGGGAGGAGGAUGCCGAGCUAUUCCGCCGUGGGGGGCUUCUCCCCGCGCUGCCUCAGGAGAAGAAGGAGACGGGUCCCCGGGGCACGGACAGGGCCAGCAAACUCCCCGAGCUGUCCUACAGUGACUGUACGUUCGCCUCCCACUCGCCCACUCCCCCCUGCACCCCCCAGCUGCUGGGAGCCGCCUUCGCCUUCGGGGGGCAGGAGCCAUUCGGCCCGAGUGCCGCCAGCGAGCUCUACUAUCCCCUCGAGCCCUGCGCCUCGCUGUACGAGCGGCUGCCCCCUUCCCCCGACAGCCCAGGCCACGGGGGCUGCACCGUGAUGGGGCUGCCCCAGCUACCCGCCCCCCUCUACAUCCACGUGCCCAGUACCCCCGAGGGGAUCCUCACCCCCGAGGCCUCGCCCAUCAAGUUGCCAGCCAGCCGCUAUUUUGGCUACUUUGCGGAGGGCACCUCACGGAUUGACAUCGAAGCCCUGGUCAAACAGCUGGGCUGCCAACUGGCCGGGCAGGAGAGCCAACCAGGCACAGUACCCCUCGGGACGGCCCAGCAACAGGAUCCAGCUGUUGGUGAGACAUGCCAGACCCAGAGCCCCUCAGAGAACGCCAGCCCCGACCCACAAACCCCCAAGCUGUGGAGGAGCAUAGACUUCUCUGCCAUCAGCUUUGGCCAGGAAAGCUGCGAGGAUGAAGAUGUCAUUGAGAACAUUCUGAAAGACCUGAGCGCUUCCUCGAUGGUGGGAGGCACUCCAGCCCCUAGCCCCCGGCAAGUGGGGAGGGGGAUAUGCCCAUCUCCCACCACGGUGGGAAACGGCCAAGCCGUAUCGGACUGCAAUCCAGACUCUCGCUCUGCCACCGACCUGUCUGCAGAAGAACAAACCUUCCUUGAAGAGUUGACUUCAUAUGAAAAUGUAUUUGAGACGCUUGUCUCAAGGUCCCCCUGUGAUGGGUUUAUCGAUGAGUUGUAUCAACUCCAAAGUCAUCCCCACGAGUACUUCCACCAAGAUGGAAAUGGAAGUGAAUCUUCAUUCUGAAAUAAGUCUAUGACUUACUUCAUCAAGUAUGGCAUAUUGUCAUAUUUUGUGAAGCAACGACAAUCAAAGAUAUCACUUUGAAACUAAGGACACUUGUUAAAAAGCUCUUAAUUCUCU